CUGGUGGGUGGACGAACGGGCCCGGGUCCAUCCGUCCCCACCGAGCACUGACUGGCUGAGCGCUCCUCUUCAUCGCGUCGCGGACGAGACCGCGGAGCUGCUGCUGGAGCGGGAAUUCUCCUCAGCUCCAGCUCGCGCCAGAGGCAGCGUCACCGAGCUUCAGGUUGAAGCGAGCCCCGACUGAAGGCAUGUGGUGGAUAUUAUGGCUCACAGCCGGCGCACACCUCUUUGGAGCCAACAACUGGCCGGCUCACGCCACCCUGUAGCCGGGCCUCCUCCACCUGAGCUCCAUGCUCCUCACGCAGUGUACCUUUUGACUUCAUGAAGAUCCCUGACAUCGGUGAUGUAAUGAAUAAAUUUGAAGUCCUUGGGAUCGUGGGUGAAGGUGCCUAUGGUGUUGUUUUGAAGUGCCGACACAAGGAGACCAAUGAAAUUGUGGCCAUUAAGAAGUUCAAGGACAGUGAAGAAAAUGAGGAGGUUAAAGAAACGACACUGCGGGAGCUUAAGAUGCUCCGCACGCUCAAGCAGGAAAAUAUUGUGGAGUUGAAAGAGGCCUUCCGCAGAAGAGGAAAGCUGUAUCUCGUCUUUGAGUAUGUGGAGAAGAACAUGCUUGAGCUGCUGGAGGAGUUACCCAACGGUGUGCCGACAGAGAAAGCGCGCAGCUACAUCUUCCAACUAAUCAAGGCGAUCCACUGGUGCCACAAGCAUGACAUCGUUCAUCGGGACAUAAAGCCAGAAAACCUUCUCAUCAGCUCUGACGACACCCUGAAGUUAUGUGACUUUGGCUUUGCACGUAAUCUCUCAGAGGGGACUGAUGCCAAUUACACAGAGUAUGUGGCCACUAGAUGGUACCGCUCUCCGGAGCUCCUGCUCGGGGCACCUUACGGGAAGGCGGUGGACAUGUGGUCAGUGGGCUGCAUCCUCGGAGAGCUGAGCGACGGACAGCCUCUGUUCCCAGGAGAGAGUGAGAUUGACCAGCUCUUCACCAUUCAGAAAGUGCUGGGACCCCUGCCACCAGAACAGAUGAAGCUUUUCUAUAACAACCCUCGCUUCCAUGGGCUGCGGUUCCCUGCCGUGAACCACCCACAAACCCUGGAGCGCAGAUACCUGGGAAUCAUUGGCGGAGGCCUGCUGGACCUGCUGAAGAACCUGCUGUUGCUGAACCCGACAGAGCGUUUUCUCACGGACCAGAGCCUCAACCACCACACCUUCCAGACACUCCGGCUGGUGGAGCGGCCAGGCCCAACAACACCGACGCCUGUACGCUCCUCCAAGAGAAAACCUCACCAUGGAGACAACACCACCCCCAGCAGGAGCCAUGGGAGUAAGAGCUCAGGAAGCCAUCGCUCCAGCAGCAGAGAGGGCUCCAGCUUGCCUCGGCAUGAAGACCUCCACCCCAGCAAUGACAGCUUUCUCAACGGCAACAUGCCCACAGCAAUCAACCUCAGUCCCACCCUGCAUCCCAAGAACUACCAGCCGCAGAUCUUUAACCAUUCCACUUCGUGCAGCAUGGACCUAGCCAGCAGCAACCUGCCUCACUUGCUCAGUCCCGGUGAGGCCAAGGGCAAGGGUGACUUCGAGAAGAGCCUGGGAUCCAAGGGGUCAGACGGCCCCGGAGCCAAGUACCUCAAAUCCAAUUUCCGCUCGCAGCAGAACCGGCAUUCCUUUGUGGAGGGUAAAACCAACACGCUUCAGUCAGGGGAUAAACAUAGUAGACACAGCUACAUGGAGUCUCACAGCUCCACACCCUCCUCCUCCAAGUUUGCCUACCUAAACUUAUCCAAGAGCUACGGUACGCUUAGUGAUGCCAAGUCUGUGGGAAACUUAAAUGAUGUGCAUCUCUAUGCAGAUGAGCCUACAGCGCGCUAUUUUCCUUCAAGCUGCCUUGACCUCACAGCUCCGAGCAGCCCAGCAGCCCGCCGAGUCGACAGACUGGGACUCGGCACAGCUAGCCGAGGAAGGGAACGGGAAAGCAACACUCUGGACUCUUCCUACAGGCGCUCAUCCAUACGCCACAAGGCCUCAGAGGAGGCCAAGUCGCCAGAUACCUUGGACCCUGGGGAAAGUGGCGUGGAACGGACCCACGGUCACUCUCUGUCCGCCCCACAUGACCCUGUGUCUUACGGUCAGGGAUACAAUAGCCCUUUCUCCUCCCAGCAGAGGCCGCACCGUCACUCUAUGUACGUAAGGAGGGACCACCAGAGGACACACGGGGCGGACGAGGGUCUGGUGGUGGGUCAGGGCAUGCCUACCAGAGCCAGCAGCCUCCAGCUCCUUUCUCCACAGCUGCAGCACCGCACGCUGCCUCACCACUCUGGGGGCUCCUCCAGAGAAGAAGACAUGAGCAGGCAGACUGAACAGGCACCCACUGAGGUCAUCCACAGCAGACCCCCAAUAAGGGACUCGACCAGGGACAACUCUGCAUCUUUUCACACACAACGGCAAAAAAGCGAGGUCGGCUUAUAUCAUGACAAGCAAACAGAAGAUGGAGGCUCCUCCAAAGAGAAUCGUAACAUCUACAGUGAAUCCAUGCCAAGGAGAGUGGGAAGCUUCUACAGAGUCCCUUCCCCCCGGCCAGACAACUCCUUUCAUGAUAGCAGGGGUCAGAGCCGGGGCUCUGGCUUGUCCGGGGACAGCAGCGGUUUGACGAACCACUCCAAACGGCAGCAAGGCUUUGACCCUUGGACUGGCCCAGAUACUGUUGUGUUGAGCUCCUCUGAGCCGUCCAAAGAAAAAGAGAAGCAGGGUUUCUUCAGAGCAAUAAAGAAGAAAAAGAAAAAAUCCCAAAUGAUGGAAGUCCCCGGUGGAAGGCCUCCUGUCAUCAAGAAAUGUCUUUUCCCUCUGUUUAGCCCAAAGAAUAACAUAAAGCAUAGUUCCAAUGUGAGAGUCCUCCCUGUAGUGUCGUCUCCCAUGGUCCCCACUGAAGGGGUGGAUCCAGUCAUCCAGAAGUCGUCCAGGUCUUCAGGUCACCAGAGCAGCCGCCACAGGACCCGUGACAAGAGCAGAGACCGAGACCGAGACAGGGACAAGGACUGGCCCCCUGAGAAGCUGUCGGAUUCACAUUCUCCGAGUCAACCACUGAAGUCACUUCGCAAGCUCCUGCACCUUUCGUCCUCCUCCUCCAACCAGACGGCGCCCUCUGAUAUGCGCUAUCAGCCACUGCCUAAUCCAGCCUCCGCUCAAGGUGGUUUCUCUGAGAGCCGGGGCCACUCAGGGGUCAGUACGCCCCAACUGAAGAGCCGACAGGCGGCCUACCCACUGCCUGCACAGCUGGAGUCCGGCUGGCACACGUCUGCCCUUGGCCGUCCCGAGGGAAACCCCUACCCAGAGCAAAUGGGCAUCAAGGGAGGCCAGAACGGGCACGGAUUCGGACGCCCGUCCAGGUCUCGUAUGCCAAACCUCAAUGACCUGAAAGAGACGGCGCUGUGAUUUGCACUGCCCUCACACUCACUGGGGGAUGACGCUUCCCCUCUGUUGCUCCUACACCUCCCUUAUGUAACAGUACACCUGCUGUACACACACACACACACACACACACACACACACACACACACACACACACACACACAGACACACACAGUUACCAAACCUUCAGUUUUAAACACUGCUUGCAAACAGGCCAAGAGCCUUUUUAUGUCAAAUUUUUUUUAAACUUCCAUGUUUGAUAGACUUUAUAUUAUUACUUAUAUAAUUCUGAUUAUAAUUUGUAUUAUAAAGUAAAUAUAUUUCAAAUUAAGUAUAUAUAAAUGGAUCAAGUGUAGAUUUUAAGUGUAAGUAUUUUUGUUUCUAUCAAUAUAGAAAUAUAGUACAUUUUACUGCGUAGUAUUUCCUUAAGACUAUCUAAAUCAUUUUAAACAAAUGAAUUUUAUCAGUUGUCCCCAUAGAGAUUGGUAAUGUCAGUAAUAUCAGUGUGUUCAUCUCGUUCAGGACUGUAACUCUUCUGAGCUGUCUCGCUGUCACAUGUGCUUUCUUCUACUGGACACAGAUGCUCAGAUGUGUCAUGCUCCGUUGCAGUGUAGUUUUUCUGAGUUGGCAUCGACAAUCUCUGUUUCUUUUUGAGGAUAUUUAGGUUUUUAUGUAUUUUUUGAAACGCAGCCAUUUUAGACACUUUGGUGCCAUGAACUAAUAGAAAUCCUAACCUAACACCUCCCUCUGUAGGUCAUACUGAAGCACUGCAUUUACUGUUUUCAGACAGAUUACCACUCACUAACAUUUCAAUAUUGUCUUUUCAUGUACUGUAUAUGAAGUGUUAAUAAUCCCUUCCGUAUAUAUUCUAAACAAAUAUACAGUUAGAACUAUGGCUAGACGUCAUUUCAAACAGGACUAUGCCGAAGAUCCUUCUGGUAAUCUACAAGUAUUUACUGAGAAGUUCAUGUAUGUAUAAUGAAGAACCCACAGUAAUUAAACCUUCACACAUCUAAAGUUAACUGCACUCACGAACAGGAUUCAAGAAAGUCUGUUAAAGAUUUCACAAAAGCUACUUCUAAGUGGUUUCAAUCGUUUAAUCGGUUAAAAAAGACACAUGCAACAUUUUUACAUAAAGUUUAACAGCUGGAAUUUUGUCUAUAAGUAUAAUUUGAAUGGUAUUUUGUUCUAAUUAUUGUUGGUAAGUAGCUUUUUACAGCAGUUAGAGGAAUAUAAAAGCCAUGUGGCCGUUCUAGUGCAGUGGUUCCCAACAUGAUGUUCCCCCACAGCCCUGUCACUUAAACUCAAGCACCUCUGUAGUUAUGUUCCAAAUGCUCUCAUUUCAAACUGGAUUUAUAGUUGCAAUAGUUACAGAUGGAUUUUUCAACCAUUUGUCUGUUUCCUGUUUUAUCAGUUUAGCUUUGUUUAACCUCCAAUUUUGGUGGCUAAUGAGUUUUUAUCCAUUUCUUUCUUGAUAUCUAAUUUUCAGCUGUCCAGUGCUUUAAGCUUUUCGCACAACCAUACUGUUCAGGUAUUACUGCUGAUUUGGUAUGUGGGUAUAUUUUUUUUUGUUCCCCACCAUCUUUCUAUGUGCCCCCUUGAAACUGCAGACCC